ACCAUUGACGCGGCAUUUACUUGCCCUCGGGGGCAAUUUUUUCCGAAUCGGAAGUAUCAUUAAUUCCUGUGUAAUUCAUCUAAAGCAUCUCGAGUUCACUUUUACUGGACAUAGUUGCGGAGUCACUGGUGUUGCUUCCUAUUGUGAUUGGGUGGCCACGAUAGUUUUCGCAAUAUUCAUGGCAGCAAAGCGGUCAAGCUUGGAGUCCUUGCGGUUCAAUGGUGCUGGCAUCUUUAACUCACCUUCUUUACUCACUAUUAUCCAAACACGGGGUUUUAUUCCACUUACCACCCUAUACCUCAAACUCGAUUCUCGAAAUUCUCGACCCAUAAACGCAGGCUGGCCUGCUUUCAAGGUCUUUCUUUCCUCCUGCACGAACUUGCAGGAGCUCAUUCUUGAAGGCAACGACUUUUCUUUACCAGAUGACGCUAGGCCAGAAAACGUCAUCCACAUCGAGUCACUCCGUUCGUUAGCGCUCCGAUGGUCUCGCAGGUUUCACAGCGGGCGCCUUGCAAGCUUUGUGCGCUGUAUUGAAACCCCCGCAUUGACAUACCUUGAGCUUGUUGACGCGAUCGGGAGAGCUUUAAAUAUAUUUGCCCUCCGUUCUAAUCCAACCACGUUCGUCCUGCUGCAUACGUUGCGCGUCACUGGCUGCCGUUCUGGACGCGAACCUCUGGCGGAUAACUUUUACCAGUUGUUUAGUUCGGUUCGAGAACUCCAGCUGGCUAAGAGUGACGGCCACUAUUUUUUGCCUGCUGCUCGGCUCCAUCGUGAGGGGGCACCGCUGGUUCUACCACAUGCACCCCUCUGGCCUACAUUGGAGGUUCUAUCAUAUGACGGUAGCGAUUUCAACUGGCUUCGUGACGUCGUGCGGUCUCGCUCAAGUCUGGGAAGCCAGCUUCAGACCGUUCGCAUCAU